AUGCCUCCUUCCGGCAAGAACGCCGCUGCGCUUAAGAACAGUCUAAAGUCCAACGCGACGGCGGCCAGCAUCACGACGGGUCUAAACCCAAUCAAGCCCAGCCUCAUCGUCACCAUGAAGACGGCGCCCGAGAAGCUGCGAGCCAUCGUCGACCCCGAUUCGGUCAAGGAAGAGACGCCAGUGCGUGAGCUCAAGGAGUCUCCCGCCACGUCAACGACUCUCCCUACCGCCCUGAAUUCAAACACGGAGAACGCGUCGGACUCCACUCCGAACACUCCUCCUGCCAGCACGCCCGCGGCUCAGCCUUCCAUCAUGGGCUCGCCUGCCAACAGACCGAAGGAGAAGGGCGUCAAGCGAGGCGCUGGCGCUGCUGCGAUUGGCAACGGCGAGCCCAAGGUCCGCGGAAAGCUUGGCCGCCCUAAGAAGCAGAGGCUAGAGGAUGGAACCAUUGAGGGUAGCCGAGGCGGAGGCCCGGCUGCGCACAAGCUCGGGCCCAAGUCGACCAAGUCGAACAAGUCGAGCAAGUCGAACAAGGCGAACCAAGAAGCUUUCAACGCAGGCCUCCGAGCCCUUGAUCGGUCUGGAAAGCCGUGCCGGAAGUGGGUCAAGGGACCCUUCACCAUCAAGAGCUUCACGGGCUACGAGUGGGAGAUUUCGCAAUGGGUCGCACUGUCUAAGCCAGAGGACUCUACUCCGGCAUCGGCCGAGGGUAGCAGCAAGGAGAACAAGGAAGACAGCAGCUAA